CCAUACGUCCCAUCGAGACGCGGCGGAGCGGAUGGCUCGUGUCGCGCUCAGGUGCUUCCGGGGGGGUGCCGGGAACCAGUCUGCACCCCCUUCCUCUUCAGCGCGGGAUGCUCCCUGAGCUUCUCUGCGGAUGUGUGGACCUCCACUUGGGAUGAUUUUACAAGAGGACCAUGCCACCAGGAGAUGAUUUUUAUUAUUUAUUUGAUUUCUAGAGGAGGGGAAUGAAGGACGUAUUUGUGCAGGAUCUCCAGGGGAACAUCCCGACCUCGAGCGCAAAAGCUAAUUGACGACCAGGAGGAGGUCUGACAUCCACCUCCGACGCAAAAAAAAAAAAAAUAAGGGAGAUCAUCAGGAGCGGGAGGUGACGCUCCAUCCCCACCCCACCGCACCUCCGUUUUCGCCCACCUGUGCGGAUUAAGCGGCAGACGGCAUGGCGCAUGCCGCCUCGCAGCUGAAGAAGAAGGCGGACGAGAACCUUGUGGCGGCUGAGGAAGAGCGGGAGAAGGAGCGCAAGCGGGCCAGGAAGCGGACGCGAGGCGAUGUGAAGAAAAAGACGGACGUGAAUGCUUGUUAUCUACGAGCAGCGCGCGCCGGCAACUUAGAGAAGGCGUUGGACUACUUGAAGAAUGGCGUGGAUAUCAACAUUUGUAAUCAGAAUGGCCUCAAUGCUUUGCACUUGGCAUCCAAGGAGGGCCAUGUGGAGGUGGUGGCCGAGCUCCUUCAGCAGGGCGCCAACGUGGAUGCUGCCACCAAGAAAGGCAACACGGCGCUGCACAUUGCAUCUCUGGCCGGCCAGAUGGAAGUGGUGAAGGAGCUGGUCACACACCACGCCAACAUCAAUGCGCAGUCACAGAAUGGCUUCACGCCACUGUACAUGGCGGCGCAGGAGAAUCACCUGGACGUGGUGCACUACUUGCUGGAACACGGCUCCAGUCAGAGCAUCGCCACAGAGGACGGCUUCACGCCGCUAGCGGUGGCGCUGCAGCAGGGCCACGACCAGGUGGUGUCACUGCUCCUGGAGAACGACACCAAGGGCAAGGUACGCCUCCCGGCGCUGCACAUUGCCGCCAGGAAGGACGACACCAAGGCCGCCGCCCUCCUUCUGCAGAGUGACCACAACGCCGAUGUGGAGUCCAAGAUGAUGGUGAAUAGAACAACAGAGAGCGGCUUCACGCCUCUCCACAUCGCCGCUCACUACGGCAACAUCAACGUGGCCACCCUGCUGCUCAACAGAGGCGCUGCCGUCGACUUCAAGGCACGGAAUGACAUCACGCCACUGCACGUGGCCUCCAAGCGUGGGAACGGCAACAUGGUGCGCCUCCUGGUGGAGCGAGGAGCCAAGAUAGACGCACGGACCAAGGACGGUCUGACACCGCUGCACUGCGGAGCCCGGAGCGGCCACGAGCAGGUGGUGGAGAUGUUGCUCAGCCGAGGGGCUCCCAUUCUCUCCAAGACCAAGAACGGUCUGUCGCCGCUCCACAUGGCAACGCAAGGCGACCACCUCAACUGCGUGCAGCUGCUGCUGCAUCACGAUGCGCCGGUGGACGACGUGACCAACGACUACUUGACGGCGCUUCACGUCGCCGCCCACUGCGGUCACUACAAGGUGGCCAAGGUCAUCGUGGACAAAAAGGCCAAUCCCAAUGCCAAGGCUCUGAAUGGUUUCACGCCGCUGCACAUCGCCUGCAAGAAGAACCGAGUCAAGGUGAUGGAGCUCCUGCUGAAGCACGGCGCUUCCAUACAGGCCGUCACCGAGUCGGGCCUGACUCCCAUCCACGUCGCGGCGUUCAUGGGACAUGAAAACAUCGUCCACCAGCUCAUCAACCACGGCGCCUCGCCCAACACCAGCAACGUGAGAGGGGAGACUGCACUUCACAUGGCUGCAAGGGCGGGACAAUCCAAUGUGGUGCGAUAUUUGGUCCAGAAUGGCGCGCGAGUUGAUGCCAAGGCCAAGGACGAGCAGACGCCGCUGCACAUCUCCAGUCGUCUGGGCAAGCAGGACAUCGUCCAACAGCUGCUCGCCAACGGGGCAUCGCCCGACACCACUACCAGUUCCGGGUACACGCCUCUUCAUCUGGCCGCGCGGGAGGGUCACCGAGAAGUGGCGGCAACGCUGCUCGACCAGGGAUCCAGUCUGGGUAUCACUACCAAGAAGGGCUUCACCCCGCUGCACGUUGCGGCCAAGUACGGCAAGUUGGAAGUGGCCAACCUGUUGCUGCAAAAGAACGCUGCGCCAGACGCCGCUGGCAAGAGUGGACUAACUCCACUGCAUGUUGCUGCACACUACGAUAACCAGAAGGUGGCGCUAUUGUUACUCAAGCAAGGAGCCUCACCGCAUGCAGCCGCCAAGAACGGCUACACGCCGCUGCACAUCGCUUCCAAGAAGAACCAGUUGGAGAUCGCCACCACGCUGCUGGAAUACGGCGCAUCCACCAAUAGCGUGACGCGGCAGGGCAUCACCCCGCUGCAUCUGGCCGCGCAGGAGGGCAACGUGGACGUCGUGACGCUGCUGCUGGCACGAGACGCUUCGGUCAACACGAGCAACAAGUACGGCUUGACCCCGCUCCAUCUGGCUGCCCAGGAGGAUAAAGUCAACGUGGCUGAGGUUUUGGUCAACCAUGGAGCCACCACAGACCCCGAGACCAAGCUGGGUUACACUCCUCUCCAUGUGGCCUGUCACUACGGCAACGUGAAGAUGGUCCACUUCCUGCUGAAAAACCAGGCCAAGGUCAACGCUAAAACCAAGAACGGCUACACUGCUCUUCAUCAGGCCGCCCAGCAGGGACACACGCACAUUAUCAAUCUGCUGCUGCAUCACGGAGCCUCGCCCAAUGAGCUCACCACGAAUGGAAACAGCGCUCUGUCCAUCGCCAAGAGGCUGGGUUACAUCUCUGUAGUGGACACGCUCAAGGUGGUCACAGAGGAGACACUGACCACGCAGACGGUCACAGAGAAGCACAAGAUGAACGUUCCCGAGACCAUGAACGAGGUGCUGGACAUGUCGGACGAUGACGCCUGUAAGGCCAAUGCUCCCGAAAUUAUCACAGAGGACUAUUUGUCCGAUGUUGAUGAAGAGAUGGAUUGUGGAAAUAUCUGCAUCAGCUAUUCGUGCGACGACGCCAUGACGGGAGACACGGACAAGUACCUAGCGCCCCAGGACCUGCGGGAACUGGGCGACGACUCGCUACCGCAGGAGGGUUACAUGGGCUUCAGCGUGGGUGCACGUUCGCAGAGCCUGCGUUCCUUCAGUUCUGACAGGUCCAACACGCUCAACCGCAGCUCCUUCACGAGGGACAGCAUGAUGAUCGAAGAGAUGCUGGCGCCCUGCAAGGACAUGAUGCUCUGUAAGGAAAGGUCUUUCACUGUAGAACAACACAACAAGCACUUGGCGGGGGCCAAAGACUGCGACAACGACUCGCUGAGGAGAUACAGCUGGACACCAGAUGCAAUGGACAACGUCAACCUCGUUUCCUCCCCAGUCCACUCCGGUUUUUCCUCUCCGCUCCCGCAGUACGACAGCAGGUUCCUGGUGAGCUUCAUGGUGGACGCCCGCGGCGGAUCCAUGCGGGGCAGCCGCCACAACGGCAUGCGCAUCAUCAUCCCGCCCAGGAAGUGCACAGCGCCCACGCGCAUCACGUGCCGCCUGGUCAAGCGACACAAGCUGGCGUCGCCGCCUCCCAUGGUGGAGGGUGAAGGUCUGGCCAGCCGGCUGGUGGAGGUGGGCCCGGCAGGAGCACACUUCCUGGGGCCCGUGAUUGUGGAGAUCCCCCAUUUUGGCUCCAUGCGGGGGCAAGAGCGUGAGCUGAUCCUCCUGCGAAGCGAGAAUGGAGAAACCUGGAAGGAGCAUCUGUAUGACUGCAAGACCGAGGAGCUGCGUCAGCUCCUCAACGGCAUGGAUGAAGAACUGGACAAUGCCGAGGAGUUGCAGAGGAAGAGGAUUUGCCGCAUCAUCACCAAAGAUUUCCCUCAGUACUUUGCCGUGGUGUCUCGCAUCAGGCAGGAAACUCACCAGAUGGGACCUGAGGGCGGGACUCUGUGCAGCCGGAGCGUCCCAUUGGUUCAGGCCUCUUUUCCAGAGGGUGCGCUUACCAAAAAGAUCAAGGUUGGGCUGCAAGCCCAGCCGGUACCCGACGAAACCGUGAAAAAGAUCUUAGGAAACCGUGCAACCUUCAGCCCCAUUGUGACAGUGGAGCCCAGACGGAGGAAGUUUCACAAGCCCAUAACGAUGACAAUCCCAGUCCCGCCGCUCUCGGGCGAGGGGCUUUCCAACGGCUACAAAGGAGACUGCACGCCCUGUCUCCGCCUUCUCUGCAGCAUCACAGGUGGUACAUCGGCAGCACAGUGGGAAGACAUCACGGGUACGACUCCGCUCACUUUCGUCAACGACUGCGUAUCUUUCACAACCAACGUUUCAGCACGGUUCUGGCUGGCUGACUGCCACCAAAUCCCAGAGACGGUGGGUUUGGCCUCGCAGCUGUACAGGGAGCUGAUCUGUGUGCCCUACAUGGCCAAGUUUGUGGUGUUCGCCAAGAUGAACGACCAGGUGGAGUCCAGGUUGAGGUGCUUCUGUAUGACUGACGACAAGGUGGACAAGACCCUUGAGCAGCAGGAGAACUUUGAGGAGGUGGCCAGGAGCAAAGACAUCGAGGUCCUCGAGGGUCGGCCCAUUUAUGUGGAUUGCUAUGGAAACUUGGCUCCCUUGACCAAAAGCGGUCAGCAGUUAGUGCUCAACUUCUACGCCUUCAAGGAAAACCGCUUGCCCUUCUGCGUCAAGGUACGAGACCCCAGCCAGGAGCCGUGCGGCCGUCUCACCUUCCUCAAAGAGUGCAAGAGCACCAAAGGCCUGCCACAAACGGCUGUGUGCAACUUGAACAUCACGCUCCCCGCAGCCAAAAAGGAAAUGGAGUCAGAUGCCGAGGAUGAGACUGAAAAGCCCGAGCGACGUCAUACCUUUGCAUCGCUAGCCUUACGUAAGCGCUACAGCUAUCUGGCCGAGCCUGCACUGAAAACAGCAGUUGAGCGAAGCACACCAGCCACAAGAGCACUGCCUGCUGGUCACCCUCACAAACCUGUCUUUCCAACCAGACCUUACGCCUCAUGGUCGACUGCUCCUCUUACCCUCCCUGGCCAAGCAAAGCUCGGCGGAGUGGGCGGUUCCGUCAUCGUUGCCGAUUCAUCGGCCAGCUCAGCAGCUGCUUCUCCACUGAAAUCUGCCUGGCCCUUCACCCCAUCACCUGCAUGUUCUUCUCCAAUUAGAGCCAGCAUGGGAGCUCCAUUGCAAGCACCCAAUCCGGCAUCCCCCGACAUACUCCCCUCGUCCCCGGUGAGGUCUUACAGGACUAUACCAUCACCCAUUAAAACAGUUGUCCAGCAGGCUCACUAUCCUGUCCAGGCCUCCGCCGGCUUAGUGUCCUCUCGAGUUCCAUGUAAACCUGCCACAGAUCCUGCUUCUAUCAAAAGUCUUUCUUCACCCUACACAUCAAGGACCUCUCCAGUUCACUCUCUACCCAAUGGUUACAUACCAGAUAAGUCCACAGCUGCUCCAAUCUCACCAAAGAAACCAUACAGCAUCUACAGUUCUAGUAUGUCUUUUAAGAUAGACACAGGAGCUCCAAAUCCUCCCUCUGCUAAAAGCCUCUCCACCCUGCCCUCUUUGAAGACCUCUUCUGAUUCAAGCCUCUCUGCUCGGGUGGGAAAAAACUCCUUGUCAUCGGUGACCUCGACCGGGAAGACAACCAUUGCGUCAUCAGAAUUGUCCAUGGUGAACGGAAAUGUUUCACCCGUCAAAUAUGCGUCGUCGUCAUCUACACCCUCCUCACCUUCUUCCCGACUCCUGUCAGAGAGAAGCCUUCAAGAGCGGAUACAAGCCACCACCCAGGCAGCCACAUCUGGCAUCAGUGCUGCCAUAAAUGAAGCCAUUGACUCCUAUUCUGCAACUGGCUAUGGCACGCUUAAAUCACUGUCAUCCUCUCUCAGAUCUGCUCCAGGAAAUUCUGCUUACGGUCCUCUGAGAUCUGCUGCUCCCUCCUCAGUGCCUGCAGUUACCUCAAAUACAGUGACUGUACCCGUAUACUCAUUGGUCAGCGUCAUACCAGAGACCCCAGUUAAACCAGGGCCAGGCUCUCUCAAAAUGGUGCCUCCUGAUUCCAAUCACACCUCACCCUCUCCAUCCCUAUCCUCCUGUGUUACAGCCUCCAAAAUUAAGUCCCAGUUGAAAUCACCUCCUUACAUCACGCCACCCAUCAUUCAUCACGCCACCACCUCCAACCAGGAGAUAUUAAAAGAUGUAGCAGACAUGAAAGAAGACCUGAUGAGAAUGACAGCCAUCUUACAGACAGACACACAGACGGCUGCUAAAACGGUCCAAACGUCACGCACCAGCACUCCUCGUGAGACCAAGUUAGAAGACGAUGAGCCAUACACACUUGUUGAGAAAGUGAAGGAAGAUUUAGUGAAGGUGAGCGAGAUACUCCAGAAGGACAUUGUGAAUGAAAGUAAAGAGAAUGUUGAAGAGGAUGGCUGGGAGGAAUUUUCCACAGAUGAGAUUGAGGAGGCCCAAAGAAACACACUCUCUGACCAACACGCUCCCUUUGAUGAGGGCUCACAUCUGCUUAAGCACCAGUCGAACAAUGACCUUGAUUUGGCUAAAGUGGUAGACUUUUUAACCAGCGAUAUUGGGGCUAGCUCCCUCUCCAAAAUGGCAGAAUUGAAAAGCAGAUACGAGGAGGUGAAAGGGGAAGGGGAAGAGAAACAAAAACGUAUUCUGAAGCCUUCAAUGACAAUACAGGAGCACAAACUGAAAAUGCCUCCACCAGUGUCGGGUAUGCUCAGGUCUCCAUCCGAGAAGGACCUUAGCAAACUUGCUGAGUCUUAUCAGGGGGGUGACACCAUUCUCGAGUCCCCAGAGGAGCUGUCUCAUGAGCAGGAUAAGAGUCCUCUGUCUGACAGUGGCUUUGAGACUAGGAGUGAAAAGACACCAUCUGCUCCCCAGAGUGCAGAAAGUACAGAACCCAAGCCUUUAUUUACUGAUGCUCCCAUCCCUCCCAGUGUGUCUGAGACCAGGUUAGAGGAGGUCCAUGUUCAGAGACUCUCAGAUGAGCCUCUCCUUAUGGACGAGGCUGCUUCUGCUCUUUCUUCUGCUGAGUCAGGUGCAGCUUCAGGAAGCUCAGUCGCCUCCAUCCAAAUGAUGGUUCCAGAGGAGGACUCAAUGAGCAUGUGUCUUAAAGAGGAGACUCAUAUUACCACUACGACCAGAAUGGUCUAUCAUCAGCCUCAGCUCACUGACGCCGCAGAGGGGAUUGAGGAAGCCGUGUCAGUGCGAGACAUCAUGAAAGCCUUCCAGUCUGGUAGGGACCCGUCCAAAGACCUGGCAGGCCUUUUUGAACACAAAGCUAACCAGGACUCAGUCAAAGGCGACGAGCUGUCACCAAGAUUUCUUAACAGGGACAUAAAAUGCAAACCCAAAGUAGAACGGAUAAUUGAGGUUCAUAUUGAGAAAGGCCACAGCACAGCAGAGCCGACUGAGGUUUAUAUCAAGGAAACAAAGAAACACCCUGAGCUGUAUGUCUAUAAAGGGGACCGGACCAUUAAGGAACUGCUUGAUUAUGAUGAGAGCCAGCAGGAAGAGGAGGAACUGAUUGCUGAAGAAUACCUGCCCCCUUUCCUGGAAACAUCUCGCGUUAACACACCAGUUUCGCAGGAGGAGGACAGUCGGCCAAACUCUGCUCAAUUGAUAGCUGACGAUUCCUACAAAGCACUAAAACUGCUCAGUCAGCAUUCCAUAGAAUACUAUGAUGAUGAGCUAUCAGAGAUCAGAGGAGAGUCCUACGGGUUUGCUGAAAAAAUGCUCCUCUCCGAGAAACUAGAAGCAUCCUCAACGUGUCAUUCCGACACAGAAGAUUCCGCAAUGAAGACUGACAGGAACCUAACCUCUGAGCAUCAAGAUAGCCCUAAAAGGGAGUUUAUAUCCAAGUCCAAAGAUGGGUCCUCGAAAGCAGGAACAUUUUUGCAUAGAGAUGAAUCACCGCAGUUUGAUAAAGUUACAGUGCUCCAUUAUUCAACUGAACAAGGUAGUCCCAAACAUGCAGUCUGGAUGAGAUUUACUGAGGAUAAACAUGACAGGAGCAGGGACAAGCUCCUCUAUGAGGACAGGGUGGAUCAAACUGUAAAAGAAGCGGAAGAAAAACUCUCUGAGGUUUCUCAAUUUUUCCGUGAUAAAACAGAAAAGCUUAAUGAUGAACUUCAGUCACCUGAAAGAAAGCCUAUGCGACGAGAACUCAAAGAGCCGAGGUCUUGGCCAAGCUCAGCAUGCAGCAGCCCUCAAAAAACUAUGGCAGGGGACGAGGCAUUCAGUAAAACCAAACUCAGGGAGCCUUCCGUUGGUAAAACAUUUGGUAGCAUUUUACCUAAUGAAAAGAAAAGCUCUAGCUUGCCAGGAAGUCCUCAGAAAAGCCAACAAUCGAAGACCUGUGCGUCUGAGCCCUCCUCUCCUUCACACAUAAAAUCAACCUCUUCUGUGAGGAUGAAGUUUGAAUCUGAGGCUCAGAAACAACCUCAGUCUAGACCAAGCAAAACACCCCCUCCAGUUCAACCAAAACCUUCUGUAAAGAAAUUACAGGAGAGCAAACUCCCGGUUUACCUGUUUUUUGCUGAUAGAAAAACAUCAAAAGUUACUGAAACAUCCCAGGGGGAAAUAGCCCAAAAUAAUAACGAAGACACAGAUGGCACUAAAGUGGCUUUGAUGUCACCCAAGUCCCCCAAACUGUUUCCAAAUAGAAAUGUCCCAAACGUGUCAGUACAAAAAACAUUGUCAGAGAAAGAUAGUGAUGCUCAUGAACAUCAUGUCACAAAGAAAGUCACAACAGAGGUUUCAAGAAUAGACAGUGAUGACCUUAUGAAUAAAAACGUAAGGAAAAAAUCUGAAUCUCAAAUUCCUCUCAGAACAACAUUGAUUUAUAAUGACCUCCCUAAGAAACAUCCACUAACAAAACCCUCCCAGAUUCCAACAUUAUGUAAAAGUAAAAGCCUUGAGGCAAACUCCACCAAAACAAAUGAAAAUGUUACGUUUGAAAUCCUUGACAACGCCCCAAAGGAUUCAAACUUGAAUAACUUGGUCAGUUCCAGGGAUAUUCUGGAAAAAGUCAUGACGACUCCGGCUACCGCAGCACCUAAAGAAAAUUACAAAGGCAUUAAAACGUUACCAGUUUAUGUCAGUCUACAGGUUGGCCGCCAGGCUGAAAGGGAGGCCAAAGGGGGGCUGCAUGCUGUCAAGCAGAAGUCAGUUUCUGGACUUGGUCCACUCAGCCCAGAUGAUGACACCUUAGAACAGAUCUCUUUCAUAGAUAGCUCAGGUAAAAGCCCCCUGACACCAGAGACCCCCAGCUCCGAGGAGGUCAUCUAUGACCUCACUGCAAAGACCCCUGAUGGCUUUAUGGGGUUGGUAGCAGAUAAACCCAGCCCAAUCAUGGAGGUACCUGAGGAAUUAGAACAAGAUGACCAAGGAAGAGGCAUCAUCUCUUUGAAAGAGACCACAUCUGAAAUCAAAACUAGCAUCAACGUUGCCCAAGCAGACCUCGCUAAUGCUAACAUACAGGAAACUAUGACAGAUAACUAUCAGAGAUUAGAGAACAGUGCCAUCCUGCAAGAAAGCACAGCUAACGGGUAUAAUUAUAAAACUGGACAGGAGGCCUCCAUCGACAAAGGCGUUGCAUACAUUGAAUUUCCUCCUCCACCUCCUUUGGACCUCUCCGAAACUUCUGAUCCAGACAAGAAAGGUUCUUGCGCUUCGUCAGAAACUGAGAUGGAAAUGAUGGAGGUGAAUUUACAGGAAGAACAGGAGAAGCUGCUGAUUGAACCAAUAAUACGUAUUCAGCCCCCUUCGCCAGUGCCGCCUGAGGUGGAAGAUAGUCAGUUCAACGGUGAGGACGACGAUGAUGAAGAGUCAAUCUUUCACCCGAUUCCCUCUAAGAAAUUCACUUUUAAAGCUCCUUGGGAAGUGGAGGGCCAAAAGAAGGAGAAGGAAAAUCAGGCCAAAAUGAAAAAACAUGACAAAAACGGAAAUGACAACGAUCCUCUGGUUGGAACCAAUGGUUCCAAUGGCAAGGGGGAGGACGAUGAAUGUGAACAAAAUGGAAACGACCAGUCCAUAACAGACUGUUCGCUAGCCACAACAGCUGAAUUUUCUCAUGACACUGACGCAACAGAGAUAGACUCCCUUGAUGGCUACGACCUCCAAGAUGAGGAUGAUGGACUGUACGAACAAGCCGACUUGAAAUCGUUAGGCUCCCUGGACAGCAGACGAGAUGUCUGGGCGACGGACACUUUCAGGCCCUUAGACCGUUCAUUUCCUCCAACAAAACUAGAAGUUAUCGAAGAGGAGAAAACCCCCGAGGAAUGUUUGAAGGAUAUGCCAUCAGAUGUUAGAAAACCUAAUGACGCUCAAAAAGACGCUGUUGAAAUGAAUGGACAAAAACUCUCAGCAAAAGAGGGAUUUUCAGAUACAUACUUUAGCUAUAAAUUGGAAGAGGAGUUUAAUUCUCCUUUUAAGACUGUUGCGACUAAAGGGUUGGACUUUGACCCCUGGCCCAGUAAAGGUGCUGAGGAAGACAUUGUCGACAUGGGAGAGGCGCUGGCAAGCAAUGGUGAGCCAAAGCCUUUUGGACUAGCAGUCGACGAGCAAUCUCAGGCCACAACGCCCGACAGCACCCCUGCCCGCACGCCGACAGACGAUAGCACGCCGACGAGCGAGCCCAACCCCUUCCCGUUCCACGAGGGAAAGAUGUUUGAGAUGACGCGCAGUGGUGCAAUUGACAUGAGCAAGAGAGACAUGGUGGAGGAGAGGCUCCAGUUUUUUCAAAUUGGCCCUCAGAGUCCAUGUGAGAGGACGGACCUCCGAAUGGCCAUAGUCGCCGACCACCUGGGACUCAGCUGGACUGAGCUGGCCCGCGAGCUGGAAUUCUCCGUCGAGGAGAUCAACUCUAUCCGAGUGGAGAACCCAAACUCCUUGACGGCGCAGAGCUUCAUGCUGCUAAAGAAAUGGGUGCAGAGGGACGGUAAAAACGCCACAACGGACACUUUAACGGCGGUGCUGAAUAAGAUCAAUCGCUUGGAUAUUGUGACUUUGCUGGAAGGGCCCAUAUUUGACUACGGUAACAUUUCAGGCACUCGCUGCUUUGCCGAUGAUAACGCAGUAUUCCCGGAUCAGUCCGAUGGAUACCACCAAAUAGAUGCGGAGCUGCGAACCCCCCCUGACCUCCAGUGCACUCCCCCCACCCCGCUGCGCUCCGACGACUUUUUGCGCGAAAGCGGCGAUGGCGUAGUAGACUCCCCUAGCUGGCCUAGCGAGCCCCCCCUGGUGCACGCGGAGGACGCCAGCGAGUCGCCCGACAACGACAGGAGGGCCGCCCAUCGGCGAGCGAUGUUCGAGGGCGCUUACGCCCCCUACGAGAGGCACGAAGGGCGCCUCAAAGAAGAAAAGGAGGAGGAGGAAGAGGAUGAGAUGACCCAGGAGAGGCUGCAGAGUCUCCUGGAGGACAUCAAACUGGAGGAGGAAGGGCUGGAGGACGAGGAGAUGACGGAGGAGAAGGUGCAUGCCAUCCUAGAGCAAGUGCGGCAGGCGGAAAAAGAAUUGUGCUCACUUCCAGGCUGGAGAGGAGGCGACGCAGUGGCAGCUGUAGAUGAGGCCACGGUGGAACUCGGCGCCGCUGCAGAGGAGGGCAGUCCCGAUAGUCUGGCAGACUCGUUGGAACAGCCGCCUCCGAGCAGCAAGAAAGAGGAAGAGGAGGAGCAAGGAGGCGAUCGGUCGGCUCGUAGAGUCCAGUGGGCGCAAAAUGUCCAGUGUGAGCGUGUCUUUGAUGAUGAUGAUGAUGAGGAAGAGGUGGAGGAGGAGGAAGAGUUGGAGGAAGAAGAGUCCACUUCCGAGGAGGAGACCACUGUGACCACAAGGGUGUUUUGCCGGCGGGUCAUACUGAAGGGAGAGGAGGCCCGUAACGUUCCCGGAGAGUCUGUGACGGAGGAGCAGUUCACUGACAGCGACGGCAAUCUGGUCACCCGAAAAGUAACCCAACCACAUCAUUUUUGUACUCCGCACGCACUCACAUGGGGUCUCCCUGUCGUCACCCUCCCGUCUAUUCACGCAGGUGAUCAGAAAGGUGGUGCGACGCGUGGUUGGCUCGGAGCGAAAGGACGCGGUCGGCGAGAAAUCGGGCGCUGUUGUCGCCGUCGCGCCGAGCGGCGGCGCGGGAGUUGGGAAGGGCAAGAGGCGGGGCAAACGCUCCCGGCAGGGACACAAGCCAGGAAACGGGAACAACAAACAGGGAAGGAAGAGUCACUCGUAACGGCAGCAUCUCCCAACGCACCCUGGUCGCUACCCGCGACGUCACCACUCACCCACCACACGCGAGCUCGGGAGAACGGACAAAUGGGCGGCGUCCAGUCACGUACAACAAUGGCAACGGUUUUAUUUUGUUUUUUUUUUAUCCCCGUGCAAGUAACUUCUUCCAUUUGGCAUGAGCAAGCAUGUCGAAACACCAGAAGAAACUUUUUUUUCGGCUGGUCGGGAGAUUACAAACGGAACCUUCACAGAUGCUCUCGUCUUCGAUGUGACCAGACGUCACACGAGGAGACCCGCAGAUUAGAGGGACGCCUUAUAUGGUCACGUUUCCUCCUGGAAGCUGACCAUGCGGUGAUUGAUUCUUUUUUUUAAGAUUAAAAAAAGAAAUGCCUAAAUGUCACCAGAUGAAACAAUCAGUCGCUUCACAACUGUUUAUGCACCGAUUGGAUGUUGUGACCUGACGAAAAACGACAAGCGUGUGGGAAGGAGACUUCUCUGCUGUGUGUGUGCGCGCGCGCGGAUUGCAUGUGACGCCACUUUUUUUUUUUUUUUUUUUAAUUCAGCUUCGAUUCUUUUUCCUCGCAUAAUUCCAAGCACCGGAACACACUUGGAGAGGCUGCAACAACGAGCCCAUACUUUGUCUUUGCAAUAACAUGAAUAAUGAUGAUAAUAAUAAUAAUAAUAAUAAUGCAAAGCUUCAUGAUUGUGCUUCACGUAAAAACACCACCAGGCUUUUCCGACGGGACUGUUUUUAUUGUUUGGAUUCUCCAGCCAUCCAUUUUUUAUAGCGCUUGUUCUCAUUUGGGCAACUGGAGCUUAUCCCAGCAGACUUGUGGUGCGAGUGGCAGGGUACACAAUGGACCCCUCGCUGGCCAGUUGCAGGGCACAUAUAGGCAAGUAUUCACACUCACAUUCACUCCUAUGGACAAUUUCAAGUCCUCGAUGAAGCUAACAUGCAUGUUUUUGGGAAUGCGGGAGAAAGGACAUACAAACUACACAGAAUGGAGUCAGAACCUCUGAACUGUGAGGCAGACAUGCAUACCACUAGUCUCACUGUGCUGCCCUAUAUGAAUUAUUUUUUAUUUAAUUAACACGAGACGAGAUAAUCACAUUUGUACCUGCAUACUCCAAAUGUCUUUUUACUGGUACUUUAACACUGUUAAACAAAAAAAAAAAAGAGAAUUCAUCUUUUAUGUUCCUGCGUGAAGCUUUUAUUCUUAUUUUUUAAUUGCAUAUGAAAAACGUCUUUAACCUUCCCGAAUGAUUGAUCAAUCAACAUGUAUGCCACCACCAACAUAGCCAACACUGGAUGACCCGAGAUGUUAUUUAAGCAGAACAAAAAUAAAUUGUGUUCAAAUGGAAA